UCUUAUACCCACUUAAGGCAAAUGACUUUCACUUCCAAGUUCCACCCUUCGUCCGUGUUCCAACUUCCAACAAUUGUGCCUGUGCUCAAUUGGGUAAGUGUCUGCCUUGUAUGGCUGAAUCAACUUCUGGUUCCACCACCCUCAAGUAUGGAGAUGUAUAUAAAGCAGCUGUUGAUGGGAAGGAGGACAUUAUCCUGAACUUCCAUAUGCAAAACCCUGCUUCACCCAUCAAUGAUAAUGGUGAUACUGUCCUUCAUGUGCUUGCUCUAUAUAGCCACACCAAGAUUGCCAGUAAACUACUAGAGCUGCAAAUGCAUCAUGGACUGUCCGCGAAAAAUUGCAAAGGAAACACAGCACUGCACGAAGCAGCCAGGGUUGGUGCUUUGGAGAUUGCAAUGUUGAUGGUGAAUAAGGAACAGAACAUAGUCAAUGACACCAACUUCAUGGGAGAGACACCACUAUACUGGGCUGCUGCAUAUGGAAAGAUCAAAAUGUUUCAUUUCCUGGCCAAAAUAACCAACAUUGAGAUGGGAUUGAGAAGAAAUGAUGGCUCUACCAUUCUUCAUGCCUCUGUGAUGGGCGAUUUUUAUGGCCUAGCUUUAAAGAUAAUGGGUCAGUACCCGUAUGGUGCCAUUGCUGGUUGCAGAGACAGGAACACGGCUCUUCAUCUAUUAGGCCAAUUGCCGAUUUCGUUCAGGAGUGGAACGUUCUACUCAGAGAAGAAUGUAGCAGACUCCUCCUUCAUCCCAUGGGCAUUGUUGAAAUUAAUAAUCUACUUCUGUAUUCCUUUGAAUGCAAACAAGGAAAACUUGACAGAUCCCGAGGAUCCUCGCACAACUGAAGAUGAGAGGAGUUUUUUGCAGGGCAAGAGAAAAAAACCAGGAAUGAUGAGACAAUUAUUCAGACGGAUUCCAGUUGUUGGAGGAAUUGUGGAUAAAAAACAACAGCAUGAAUUGGCACUAGAACUGGUAAAACUAUUGAUAAAGAGAGAGUCAGAGUACUCAGAAUGGAAUAAUUCCAUAGGCCCCCCAACUGAACAGCCAAAUUUUUUACACAGUACAAAUACAAUCACCGAUACCCUUGUGCUAGCUGCAAGGAAUGGGAUUGUUGAGAUUGUGGAUGUGAUCCUUAAAGAAUGUCCUUGGGCUAUAGAGUUUGUAGAUGAGAAUGGAAAGAACAUACUCCAUUUUGCAGCUGAGUAUCGUCAAACAGGAAUUUUUAAGCUUUUAAAGUCAAGGGGAAUUCUUAUAAAUAAGAUGGCUUCAGAUGUUGACAAUGAAGGGAACACAGCUUUGCAUCUUGCAGCAAAGCAUCCGCAAAAGACUUCUUAUGCAACAGGAUAUGAUAUGGCAUGGGAGUUGCUUUGGUUUAAGAGAGUCAAGGAUGUCUCCCCAGCUCAUAUGUCCAGUCUUCGAAAUUCAGAAGGUAGAACAGCAUAUGAAAUAUUCGAUGAAACUCAUCAGAAUUUGUUACGGAACAGUGUAGAGUGGGCUAAGCUGAUGUCAAGUACGUUCAUGGUUGUCUCCACCCUAAUUGCCACGGUGAACUUUAGCGCAGCAUUUGCUGUCCCAGGUGGAUAUGAUCAAGUCUCUGGUGUUCCUGUUUUUUCCAGCAAAUCAAUAGAUAUUAAAGCAUUCUAUGCAUAUUCUACAGUUGCAUUGGUCUUCUCUGUUGCCAGCCUUGGUUCGUCCUUCUCUGCUUUUCUGUCUCGCUUUCAUAGUAUUGAUUUUUAUUUUUUCUUGCCAUUCAAAUACCUUUUGGGAGGUUGUUCUCUCUUUUACUCAGUAUUUUACACAGUUUUUGCAUACAUACAAGCUCUUAUACUUGUGACAAAUGGGCGAGCUUCAAACUCUGAAUUUUUGCUGGGAUUUUUUGCCACCGCAGUUGCUAUAUUAUCGGUCAAUCUUGAAUUCAUAGAUAUAAUGUUUCCGGUCUUUCGCUACAUGACAGAUCUUGUCAUUCAUAAAUAUUUUACCAAGGCCAAUGGAUAUAAAUAGAUGUUCAUCUUCA